AUUAACCUCCCCUUGCACCAUAUACUCAUUCCUAUGUUAACAAAGACUUGAUGAUUGUUUGUAGCUGAAAUCCAAUACCCUUCCCCAAGUCCCUCUUGCCAAAUCCACCCAUGGAGUGGUUGGAGCAUUAACCAUGGACGUGCUUCUAAGUCGCACGUUGACGAAGAAUUGAAACAACCAUCAAUGGCGGAUGAACAAAAUAUGGAGGCACCAGAAUGCCCAGUUUGUCUGCAACCUUACGAUGACAAUACAAUCCCUCGUGUACUCGGAUGUGGUCAUUCAGCUUGCCAAUCAUGCCUUGCAAACCUCCAUAAACUCAACCUCUCUUCAUCUCCAUCUCCGUACACCAUUCGAUGUCCUUGUUGUACUCAGCUAGUCAAGUUCCCUCAUCCUCAGGGCCCCACGGCCCUCCCUAAAAACAUUGACCUCCUUCAGUUAUCUUUCCUUCUCCAAAACCCCAAUUCAGCAAAACCAAAAUCACCAUUGAUCAAAGCCAAUUCGCCUCCACGACGUCGUUUUAAAUUAUGGUUCGAUGAACUUUUUAGCUAUUGGAAGAAAUGGAUUCUUCCUUACGAUGUCGUUUUAAAGGAGGAUGGAUUGAAAUUGGAUAAUUGUAAGAUUGCACUUUGUUCUGAUUUGGGUUUAACUGAUGUCAUUCGGUGUCGGUUGGUGGAAAAUCAGGAGGUUGGUUUUGUUAAAUUAGUGGGUUUUGACUUUAAUGAGUCUUUAAUGGAUUAUAGUUAUGUGGGUAAAAUUAUGGUGUGUUUGAGUCGGAUGAAUGAUUCCCAAAGAGAUGAAAUUAGUUCUCUUUUGUUGUUAUCAUUGAAGAAUUCUAGGGUUUGUAGUGUUCUGGGAUUGUGGCUUGAUGAGGUAAAUAGUGGGUUUCUUUAUUUAAUUACUCAGAGAAUGACAAUCAAAAAUGAGUCAUUGAAUUUCGGAAAUGGGAUUGAAAAAGAUAAUAAAGGGGAUGGUGGGUUUUAUUUGGGAUUACUUGGUGUAGAAUUAUGUGAAGCCUUGAUUAGUUUGAAUGUUCAGGGCUUUUUGUGUGGUUGUUUGGGACUGUCAUGCCUUUGCUUCGAUGAAUUCGGGCAUAUUCGUCUUGAUCUAGGGGAAGCACUGGUCGUUGGAGCGAAUUUUUUCAAUUGUGUUGUCGAGGGAGUCGUAGGUGGUCGGAAUAUGGAUGAGUUCGAGGUGGGAUUGCUUAUUGGUAAGGUGACCGAAAUGAAUGUUUUCGUAAGCCCAGAAGUAGUGUUUGAGUUGCUUAUUAGGGACGGUGUUGCGAUAGAGAACAAUGAGGUGAGUUAUUCAGUAUGUUAUGGGAGUGAUGUUUGGUUAUUAGCCUGUAUUUUGAUAAGGGUUCUAAUUGGAGAUCAAUUUUCUUUAGAGAUGUACAAUUAUUUGAGACUUCUCUUUAAUGGAGUUUCUGGGUGUGAGAAUAUCUAUCUGAAGUGGGUAGCAACCAUAAAUGCUAUGUUGGAGCCAUUACUGGUUGGUAAUUAUGCAUCAUUACAUGAAAUUUUGCUAAAAUGUUUGAAUUUUGAUCCAAAAAGUAGACCACUUAUAAUUGAAGUUUGGAAGUGUAUUGAAGGGCUGAAUAAACACCCUUUUAUGAAUCAUAUCCCUAGCUUGAAUAAUGAAUCCGUGAAGGAGAAUUUUGACCAUUGCUUGGCCUUGGGAGAGUUGUGUAGUAUGGUAAGUGAUCUAAGAAAUAGAUCAAGAACUUCAAAAUCACAAAAUGAUGAUGGUAAACAUGAUCUUUCUUUGGAUGGGGAGAAUAGAGUAGAUAAUGUUGUUGAGGGAUUAUCUGCAGGAAAAGUGCGAUGUAAGAAUUUGCAGGGUCAUUUGGAUUGUAUAACAGGAUUGUGUGUUGGAGGCGGGUAUCUUUUUAGCUCGUCCUUUGAUAAAACAGUCAUAGUGUGGUCUUUGCAGGAUUUUACACAUGUGCAUACAUUUACAGGUCAUGAACACCGAGUCAUGGCAUUGGUGUUUGUAAAUCAAGAAAAACCCUUGUGCAUUAGUGCUGACAGCGGAGGUGGUAUAUUUGCCUGGCAAAUUGAUGAGCCGUUGGCUCAACAACCCUUGACCAAAUGGUAUGAAGAAAAAGAUUGGCGUUAUAGUGGUAUUCACGCUCUCGCUGUUUCUGAAUCUGGUUAUCUCUUCACUGGCAGCGGUGACAGAUUAAUAAAAGCUUGGUUAUUGAAGGAUCAUACCCUUGUAUGCAGUAUGGAAGGUCAUAAAUCAGUGGUAUCUACUCUAGCAUUAUGCAAUGGGGUUCUUUACAGUGGAAGUUGGGACGGCACCGUUCGACUGUGGUGCCUUAACGAUCAUACUCCUCUAGCUGUCUUUGGUGAAGACAUGCCUGGUACUAUGUCAUCUGUGCUGUUUCUCUUUGCUGAUCUAAAUAUGAUCAUUGGAGCUCAUGAGAAUGGCUGUAUAAAGAUUUGGGUGAAUGAUGUAUUGAAAAAGUCAUUCAAGAGCCAUAAUGGGGCUGUUUUUUCUGUUGCCAAGGAAGGGAAUGUGCUGCUCACUGGAGGAUGGGAUCGAACUGUAAAAUUCCAGGAGGCAACAGGAGGCGAAUCCGAGAUGAAUAUCGUUGAAGUUGGAUCCAUUGCUUGUGAUUCGGUCAUAACUGCUUUGUUGUGUGUGCAAGGGACUCUUUUUGUUGGGUGUGCUAACAAACUUAUAAAGGCAUAUCACUGUGGCGAAUGACUGAAACUCGGAUCAUUUUUGUAUACUUCAAUUAGUACAGCUGAAGAAUCGGGAAAUUUGCAUUUAGAUUGUUGAUAUAGUUGGCGAUUUUAUAUCUUUAACAAGCAUAUUAAAUGAUACAUAGAAUCAAAUCGGGAUUCCCUUUCCAUCACCGAGCAAGUUCUUGGUAGAUAAUAGAGUAGAUGUUGACUCGAGCACGAGAACAAUGUACAUAUAUAGUCUACACGUAUAGUCUUACUAAGAACGCUCGGUUUUCAUUAACUUUGAUUCCUAGUUUUGGUUUUACGAGCAUAAAUUUGAUGGAUGUACUGAACAAAUCUAUGUAAAUAUUAUUGUUGUUCGACAAGUAUAUAUGUUAUUCGCCAGAAUGUAAUCACAUCUCAUUGAAGAUCAUAAGAAGUCGAUCGACAUGGUUUUCUAUGUUUCCUGAUGUCUUGAAUGUAAUAACUUCCCAAGAGUCUAUGGAUGAUGAAUAUGGAGCCUUGGAGUUUAGAAGACGUUGAUACUUUGAUGUGUAAUUUGCAAACGAAUUUUGUGAUUGUAUUUUAAUUUCUAACAACGCCCUUCUUUAUGUA